GCGCAGAUGUGCGACAGCAGCAGUUCUUGUCUCCUCAAGUUUGCAGCUCGCAGGGUGAAGCAGUGAUUCGUCUAUUUUAGAGUGACAGAGUGUAUUUUCAUACCGAGACUGUACAGAAGUCAUUCUUAAAGAGGCGCAGAGCAACAAAUAAACCUGGAUUUUGCCUUUGAGGGAUAUAAAGAAGACAGAUAAAAGAAAUGUGUUGUAAAGGAUUUAUACUCGUCAUCUUUUGUCUCCAGCUAUGGCCUAGACCUUUGGGUGAAGCAAUUCAUCCGGACUGCGCCAUCAUCUCCCAGCACCUGAGGGCUCGGGAGAUUUGUAGCCAGACGAGGAGGAGCGAGGCGCAAAACCAGACAGACCACAGCGGAUGUAAAACAGAGUGGGACGAGAUCGGAUGCUGGCUGAGAGCCGAAGUCGGUCAGGUGGUCAACGUGUCCUGCUCCGCAGUCUUUCAGCAUUUCUCCAGCAAUCAAGGGUUUGUUUACAGGAACUGCACCGUUGAUGGCUGGUCUGAAAUGUAUCCGCCCUACGAGGAGGCUUGUGCUUUCAGUGAUGACAGCGAGCCAGAGUCUGAGACGAGUUACCUCUAUACAUUCAGGCAGGUUUACACUGUUGGCUAUGCCACCUCACUAAUCUCCCUCAUCUCAGCUAUAGUGGUGUUUGCAGCCUUCAGGAAGUUCCACUGCACCAGAAACUACAUCCACAUCAACCUUUUCUCCUCCUUCGUCCUGAGAGCCACCGCUGUGUUCAUUAAAGACACGGUGCUGUUUGCUGAUGAGACCUUGGACCACUGCUCCAUGUCAACGACAGCGUGCAAGUCAGCUGUGGCUUUCUUCCAGUUCAGCAUCCUGGCCAAUUACUUCUGGCUGCUGGUGGAGGGCAUGUAUCUGCAGACCCUGCUGGCCCUGACCUUCGUCUCACAGAGGAAAUACUUCUGGUGGUACAUCCUGAUUGGAUGGGGGCUCCCAUCAGCAGUCCUCAUCCUCUGGGUUUUGACCAGGUUCUUCUAUGAUGACAGAGGUUGCUGGGACGACACAGACAAUGUUGGUAUUUGGUGGAUUAUUAAAGGACCAAUAACAGCCUCGCUGCUGGUCAAUAUUGUCAUCUUCAUCAAUGUCAUCCGAAUCCUGGUUCAAAAGCUGAAAUCUUCUGCCAUGGUUGGGAACAAUGACACUGGGCACUUCAUGAGGCUGGCUAAAUCCACCCUUUUCCUCAUUCCUCUGUUUGGGAUGCACUACACUGUAUUCGCCUUCCUGCCUGAGAACACUGGAGUUGCGGCCAGACUCUACAUCGAGCUGGGACUGGGCUCCUUUCAGGGAUUUGUGGUGGCACUCCUUUACUGUUUCAUGAAUGGAGAGGUCCAAACAGAGCUGCGGAGAUGGCUUUGGAAGUGCCACAAUCAAAAUCAUCUCACACCAGCCAAGAGGAGCAUCACUCAGAUCACAAUUCGAACACGUGGGGGGCUUGGACUGCCUCCUUCCAGUGGCAACAUCUCCUCAGUAUGAUUUUAGAGACUGUCUGUGGAAAAAAAACUGCUGUGAGAAUGUCAAGGAAAAACAACAGAGGCAGUCCUCAAAGCUGAACAUGCUGAGGACAUUAUUUCAACAACCGCUCUAUGAGAACAUAAGACCGUAAUGAACGCUGGAGAAAAUGUCUCGGUAUGAAUUAUAUCAGUGUCAGCAGCAACUAUGACUAAGGAUGGCGCACCGCAAAUUUGUAAUCUGCAUCACAGUGGGCUCGUUGUCAUAUCAUCAACAAUGGUGCUUGAUUUGUGAGGAUGGUGCCACAGUGGAACGAGGGAACCACAGCAGAGACAGAGCUCGCCCUGAGCUUGUGGGACGAGUGUUUGUCAAGGUUGUGUGUACAGUUUGGACUACACGAGUGCAAACAUGACCAAAUGCUGAGAGAUUAUACAGAGGCAGCUGUGGAAACAAUAGAUGUUUGAACAUGACGAAAAUAUCUGAAAUUGCUCUGCGCUGCACUGAACUGAUGAGGUGAUGCUAUGUCAGCCUAUCAGGCUGAAAACAUGUGGAGGACCGCUCUGGAUCUGAAUGUGUUCAAUCACUCAGCAUCUCACCAGCUGCUGCAGAGACAUUUUCAGACAUUAAGAUCCAGGGGGACCGAACAAGUAUUUCAAGUUGUUUGUUUGUGUGUUGUGCUGCUCUGCACUAAUACAGCAUGUCUUAAAAGACUGUUUUGAUGAGCCAUUUCAGUAUUUAUGAAUAGUCAUUUACUUGUUACGUCUUUUUCUAUGUUGUUUCCAGAUGUUAUAUAUUUAUUUUGAUACACUAGAUGCAUUUAUCGAGAUACCAAAUGAAUAAAUGGGACACACAUUUACAUGGUGAAAAGGCAUCAAGAUGGUACUAAUCAACUUGAAUGAUA